GCUGGAGCAGGGGCUGCAGCUUCCCGGGAGCAGGAGCCCCGGGGCGCGGUGCCGGCUGCGCCCCGCGUGUUGGGGCUGAUGGAGGGGGCGCUGCUGGGGGCGGGGGCUUGCUCACGUCCCCCCCCCGCUUGCUGCGCCCUGCCGGGGGGGCCAUGUGGCCUGGCACGUGGAGGAAGGUGCUGGCAGGGCUCAGCCCUGUGUCUGGCGCUGCUGUCAGGGUUGUCAAGCGGCUGUACUGCCCUGUGGGGAAGAGAGACACCAUCUUCGCCUUGUCUUCGGGCCACGGGAAAUGCGGCGUGGCUGUGAUCCGGACCAGUGGCCCCGCCAGCGGAGCAGCCCUGCGGAGUCUAAUGGGGCAGCAGGAGCUGCCCCGGCCUAGAGCCGUCGCCUUGCGGAGGAUCCACGACCCCAGCUCCGCAGAGACUCUGGACAGGGGCUUGGUCAUCUGGUUCCCAGGGCCCCACAGUUUCACCGGGGAGGACUGCUCCGAGCUGCACGUCCACGGGGGGCCGGCAGUGGUGGGCGGCGUGCUGCAGGCCUUGGGGCGCCAGCCCAGCCUGCGCCCAGCCGACCCCGGCGAGUUCACCAAGCGAGCGUUCCAGAACGGCAAGCUGGGCCUGACCGAGGUGGAGGGGCUGGGGGACCUGAUCCACGCCGAGACGGAGGCCCAGAGGAGGCAGGCGCUGCGGCAGAUGGAGGGGGAGCUGGGGCAGCUGUACCAGCGCUGGAGUGAGGAGCUCACCAAGGCUCUGGCCCACGUAGAAGCUUUUAUUGACUUCAGCGAAGACGACAAUCUCGAGGAGGGCGUGCUGGCUCGAGGCCAGAGGCCUGCGGCCAUCGUGUCCCCCGUGGCGGGGACGACGCGGGACGUGGUGGAGUCGGCUCUGAACAUCGGCGGCUACCCCGUGGUGCUGAGUGACACGGCCGGGCUGCGGGAGACCCAGGACGCCAUCGAGCGGGAGGGCGUGAGCCGAGCUCUGGAGAGGCUGCAGCGAGCAGACGUGGUGCUGGCCGUACUGGCCGCGGUGGACCUUGCCCCGGAGCCUGGGUGCCUUGCCGAGGCCUUGCGAGCCGUCCUGCCCCCCGGAGUCCCGGCCCGACGGGUGCCCUGCGUCCUGGUCCUGAACAAGGCUGACCUGCUGGAGGAGGGGCGCGGGGGGGCCCUGCUGGGAGCCUGCGGGGAGGGGGCGCUGCCCCCCGCCUGCCUGCUCUCCUGCAAGACUGGAGAGGGCGUGGACAGGCUCCUGAGCCUGCUGGGGACACAGCUGGAGCAGAUGUGCGGCGACCCUCUGGCCGGCUCCCCAAGCCUCACGCAGGCACGGCACCGCCUCCACCUCACCAGCUGCCUGGGCUCGCUGGGCCGGUACCACGGCUACAAGUCCCUGGAUCUGGUGCUGGCAGCCGAGGAGCUGCGGCUGGCCCGCAGGCACCUGGGGAAGAUCACGGGCCGAGUCAGCGCCGAGGAGAUCCUGGAUAUCGUCUUCAGGGACUUCUGUGUUGGGAAGUGAGGGGCCGGCGGGGCUGGGGUGUCGCUUGGGCCAGGGGCCGAGGCGCCGGUGCGGCAUUGUGGGAAGAGCGAGACGCUGGGCGUGGGAGGAGCUGGGUCUGCGAUCCGCUUCGGCAGCGAUGAGUGUGCCGGUCUCAGCCUAGCUCCCGCAGCAGUUGGCCUCGGGGCUGGAGAAGCUGAGGGACAAUGACAGAGGUCUGUGGGGGGGAUCCCAGGGGCUGUGGGUCGGGGCUGAGGGGCGCAGCAGAGCUGGGUGUGCUGGGGGCACAGAAGGCAGAGGACAGCCCCCUCCUGCACUUGCACCCAACUCUCAGGGCUAUUAGCCCCCCACCGUGUUAAUUAAACCCCCCAGUCCCUUUCCCUGCCCUGUCAUCUGUUCUUUCCUCCCGCCAGCAUGAGGCCUAUGGAGGUGCUCAGCCUUCCAUGGCCCGGUGACCAGCGGGCCCUGGGGAGGCAAGGGGAGCUCGCCCUGCUGGGGGGCGGGGGAGAAGGGACUAUUUUCCUUCUUUCCAGGGGUGGAGGAACACCUGGGCUAGAGGACGCUGUGUGUACAGCUGGCUCUGUAAGAGGGAAGGGAGGGCGUGACUGGGCCUGUGCUCUGUACAGCUGGGGAGGGGUGAGGCCGGCUGGGGUGGUGGGGUGUUCCCGUUAACAUGGGGGACGAAUGAUCCUUUGCCAGUGCAGCGUCCAAGAACACUUUGGUCAUAUGAAUGAAUUCAGCCUCCCAGCGGCAGGAGCCCCACUUCAUGGGGGGUGGGGGACUGAGGCAGGGGGCAGGGAGUCUCUCUGUACAGCUCCGAGCACAGAGCUGACUGACCAGGGCCUGGCUGCUACAGAGUGGGGGUGGAGCAGUCAGGACGUGCUGGGAGGGAUUUUGCCUAGCGCUGCUGUUGGGGUUAGGGGUGGGUAGCGCCUUGGGGCGCUGGAGCUGCCACGGCUUGUCCAUGGGUUGGGGGCAGAGCCAAGAAUGGAACCCCGGUGUCCGGCCCCUCGGGCCGUCUGCUCGGGUCACAAGCCUCAGAAGCUCGGAGCAGCAGGGUGCUGGGUGCUUGGCACAGUGGUUUUGCCAGGCA